CCAAAUUCAGCAAUCAAGCGCGAGAGACCGAGCAUCAUUCAUCGCGCAUCGAGAGACUGGCAUUCAAGAGCCUCGCUGCACACAAUGACAAGAGAGCCACACGUUGAUGCGAUAGACUUCCUGGGGUUGGAAGAAUUCCUGGUGCUGCUUAGAUAACGAAUUCUAGGGACCGAACGACGAUAAACCACCCUCAAAAUUUUAUCCCCCGGUUACUUUAUAAAGGGUUGCUUAAAGGCCUUUUCGGCAGUUCCUCCUAACAGUUCCACCAUGAGCUUCACCACUUUUCAGCAAACGGUGCUAGAGCGCCACAAUACGCUUCGGGCACGCCAUUCGGCUGCCCCACUUGAACUCGACGCAAAUCUGUGCAAUUUUGCACAACAGUGGGCGAAUGUUCUCGCAAGCAAGAAUGUAAUGCAGCAUCGAUCCAAUAAUAAGUAUGGAGAGAAUUUGUACGCAUCAUUCGGCAAUGCGAAUGUGACUGGCAACGAGGCAGUGGAUAGCUGGUACAAUGAAAUUAAGUACUACCGGUUCGGAGCAUCGCAACCAUCCAACUUUUCCCAAGUUGGCCACUUUACGCAGGUUGUUUGGAGAAACUCUCGACGCCUUGGUGUCGGUAUUGCUAAGCGAGGCACAAGCGUCUACGUUGUGUGUAACUACGAUCCGCCCGGCAACUUUGGGUCCCAAUAUCCUCAAAACGUAGUACCACGUAGCAGCUGAACAGUUCAUGAACCAUAGGAGACAAUAAAAUAUGAUGUCAGAUGCGAAUUUCUGGCAUUUUAAUUAAACCAAUAA